AAGCAGUUGCAAAACAUGAAGGGUCUAGUGUUGAUUGCCUUGAGCGGCCUGAUCUUGGCCAGUGUCCAGGCCAGGAUUCUGCCGCAGGAAGAGGAUUCUCCUUGGGACUUGCCCGAGGUUCCGGAAGAGAUUAAUGUGAUUGAGCCCAAAGCAGCUGGCUGCUCGAUCAAAAUCCGUAGCUCGAGUAAGGAUCCCCAGCCACUGUUGAUCAAGACCGGAACCUCUGAGAUUGGUUUCUCCGACACCGGCUAUGUGGACGUGGCUUACGACAAGGACCUUGAGUUCCAUUGCACCAGCAGCCUGGCCUCUCCUCUGUCCGGGAAAUCGGUGACUGCCAAGUGUGUGGGCGGCACGACCUUCAAGAUCAAUGGCAAGGACCAUGAUCUGUCUGCCAUUAAGUGCACAUCCUGGCCAGCCUUUGUGGGCAAGAAGUCCGGUUCCAGCUGCAAUGGCGGCACCACUCUGAUCAAUGUGGGUUUGAACUCUCUGGCCCGUUUUGCCAAGCAGUACGAAGUGUGCUUCAAUGAGGAUGAGGAGGUGACCCGGUAUGUGUACCAUCGCCUAGAGCCCGGUAACAACUACUAUGCCACUGGAGUGGACAGGAUUACGUUCGGUGCCGGCGGUUACUUUGCGGGCAAGAACGUUGAUAAGCUGUACACGCAGGCUGUCCAGAAGGAGACCAUUGACAAGGAGCUGGACAUGGACUCUUCCCGCUACUACUCGGCAAAGAACGUCUUCCUUGCCCGCGGUCAUAUGGGUGCCAAGGCUGACUUUGUGUUCGCUCCGGAGCAGAGGGCCACCUUCCUGUUCAUCAAUGCCGCUCCCCAGUGGCAGACCUUCAGCGGCAACUGGGCCCGUGUGGAGGAUGGAGUCCGUGCCUGGGUGGCCAAGGAGAAGAAGCAUGUGGAGUGCUACGGAGUCUGGGGUGUGACCACGCUGCCCAAUAAGAAUGGAGAACAGAGGGCGUUGUAUCUGUCUCACGAUAACAACGGCAAUGGUCUGAUCCCCGUGCCCAAACUUUACUUCCGCGUCGUCAUCGAGCCAUCGACCAAGAAGGGCAUCGUACUGAUCGGUGUGAACAACCCCCAUCUGAGUCUGGAGGAGAUCAAGCGUGACUAUAUCCUCUGCACGGAUGUCAGCGACAAGAUCAACUGGAUUAGCUGGAAGAAGACCGAUAUCACUGCCGGCUCCUAUGCCUGCGAGGUGCCCGAGUUCCGCAAGAAGGUCGAUCAUCUGCCCCAGUUCUCGGUCAGCGGCCUACUGGUCUAAGUAACUCUUUGACAUAGAAAAUAAAUACAAUGAAAUUAUA